GGCUUCUAGCUCUUCUCUUCUGCAUCCAAGAAGCACUGUGUGUGUCGGGCAUGUUUCUUUCCAUUCGAAAAUAGGAGGAUUGAAUGUUGAAAUUGUUUCUUGGAUAUUCUUAAACACUAAGCAGCAGAAGAUAUCUGUAAUCUCAAGCUUCAUCCAGAUGCACAGACCUGUUUACAGAGCAAGGUUGCGAUCAGUUGCAGAUGCUUUAUUUAAAUUCAAAUCCAGUGAUAAUGGACGAAGACAUGUGAAGGAGAAACUGGAAUCAUGUAGACCUGUUACAACUAUUAGUGGUCCUUCAUAUUCAGGGUAUGGACAAGAGUCCACUGCUAAAUCCUUGCAGGCUCAAAUUGUCAAAGCACUUCACCAGGGCCAGAGAAGGGAAGCUUCUAAUCUGCUUUUAGCUUUUGGCAAUGGAAGUCAGUCUCUAAGAGUUGAGGAUUUUGUUUAUAUUCUUAAGUACUGUGCUAAUAAGCCUGAUCCUUUGUUUGUCAUGGAGACAUGGAGAUUAAUGGAGGAAAAGGAUAUUGGCUUGAAUGACAUGUGCUGCCUACUUCUGAUGCAUGCACUUUGUAGGGCAGGUUAUUUGGAGGAGGCGUAUGACUUCAUUAAGUUUCUUGGGGAAAACCAUGGCCUCUCUCAUGCUCUGCGCAUUUAUAACUGCUUCUUGGCAGCCUGUGUAAAAAUGCAAAGUAUAAGUCAUGCUGCUCGCUGUUUGGAUUUGAUGGACCAACAAAUGGUGGGGAAGAAUGAAAUUACAUAUAUAGUGCUUCUCAAGGUGUGUAAAGUGUGUUGAUUUUGGAUUCAGAAUAUUAGAGUCAGCUUGUUAGGACUGAGUAAUUGAGCAACUAGCUUUUCUUAAGGUUUGGUUUUCUCAUCAAUUUAUGGUUUAGGAGUCUAAGGAUUCAUCUUGGCUAUUGAAUGAUAAUUCUGAAUUAUGAUUAAUCUUACUUUUUUCCCCCCUUCUCCUUCUCCAUUUCCUCCCAAUUACUUUUAGCUUGCAGUUUGGCAGCAAAAUCUCUCUGCAGUGCGUGAAAUUUGGCAGGACUAUAUAAAACACUAUAAUGCGAACAUAUUUUCUCUCAGGAAGUUCAUUUGUUCCUUUUUAAGGUUAAAAGAUUUGGAAUCUGCAUAUGAAACUUUGCAACAUAUGGUGACUUUAGCCCUCAGUGGGAAGUUUUUCUUCAACAAGACUGCCAAAGGAAGCUUAUAUUCUAAAGGACUGGACAUUCCUAUACCAUCAGAAGUUGAAUUACAGUCACAGAAAGUGAACUUUGAAGAGACUGAGCAUUCUCUUUCUAGGAAAUUGGAUACUGAUGCCUGUAUCACAGAACAAGGUACUGUUUCUGAUGUGGUAAGCAGAGAUGCUUCAAAUGCUACUGGUAUACUAAGCUUGCUGAAUAACUAUGAGAGCAUGCCUGUGAAGCUCCUGAGGUGGUCCUUUGGUGAUGUAAUACAUGCUUGUGCAAACGCUAAAAAGUGUGGACUAGCAGAGCAAUUAUUGCUGCAGAUGCAAAGUCUUGGAUUGCAACCAACACAAUAUGCAUAUAAUGGCUUUGUAAGAGCAGUUACUACAGCAAGAGGUUUCAAUGCGGGCAUGGAAAUGUUAGAAGAGAUGCAAGAGAGGAAGAUGAAGCCACAUAAUUCAACUCUUGCAGCCCUUUCUGUGCAAUGCAGUAAAGCCUUAGAACUUGAUUUAGCUGAAGCCCUGCUUGAUCAAAUUUCUAAAUGUCCAUAUGCAUACCCUUAUAAUGCUUUUCUUGAAGCAUGCGAUACCUUGGAUCAGCCUGAACGUGCUGUUAGGACAUUUGCAAAAAUGCAGGAACUGAAAGUUAAGCCAGAUACUAGGACAUACGCACUCCUGUUUUCACUGUUCGGUAGUGUCAAUGCUCCAUAUGAAAAGGGCAAUAUGUUGUCACAGGUAGACUCAGCUAAGAGGAUAAAAGCUAUAGAAAUGGAUAUGGCAAAAAAUGGUGUCCAGCAUAGCCCUUUAUCAAUGAAGAACUUGCUUAAAGCCCUUGGAGCGGAGGGCAUGAUAAGAGAGUUGCUUCAAUAUUUACAUCUCGCGGAGGACCUUUUCUAUCAUACUGAUACUAACUUUGGCAUACCUGCAUAUAACACAGUUUUGCAAUCACUGGUUGAGGCCGGAGAAAAUCACAUGGCGAUAAAAAUAUUUAAAAGUAUGAAAUCAUGUGGUGUCCAGCCAGAUGCAUCAACUUACAAUAUAAUGAUUGAUUGCUGUAGCUAUAUUAAUUGCUUCAAGUCUGCUUGUGCACUAGUCUCAAUGAUGGUGCGUGAUGGAUUUUAUCCACAAACAACAACAUAUACUGCUCUAAUGAAGGUCCUGUUAGAUUUUGAGAAUUUUGAUGAAGCAUUGCAUCUUUUGGAUCAAGCAAUCUUAGAAGGGAAUCAACUUGAUGUACUGUUGUUUAAUACCUUUCUUAAAAAGGCUUGCGACAAGGGAAGGAUUGAUAUAAUCGAGCUUAUUAUAGAGCUUAUGCAUCAAGAGAAAGUCCAGCCAGAUCCAUCAACCUGCUGCUAUGUGUUUUCUGCAUAUGUUGACCGUGAGUUUCACAGCACAGCUGUGGAAGCUUUGCAGGUUUUAAGCAUGCGAAUGAUUUCUGAAGAAGAUAGCACUCGUCAAGAAAUUAAAAUGUUAUUUGAGGAUGAUUUCAUCCUCUCUGAAGACUCAGAAGCUGAGUUGCUGAUACUCCAAUUUUUCAAAGAUUCUGAAGAAAAUCUUGCUGCUGCCCUUUUGAAUUUAAGAUGGUGUGCAAUGCUAGGGUUUCCAAUUUCUUGGUCACCGAAUGAAAGUCCAUGGGCUAGAAGACUCACAAAUAACCAUGAAGCAAGAAGUAAGUCUUGUAGGGUAUCAAAGCAUGAUACCUUUUUUGGCCAGCGUUAAGGAAAUUCACCCCAAGAGCUUUGGGGCUUGUUUGGUCCAGCUACUAAAACUGAAGCUGAUAGCUGGAGCCAGUGGCGAUAAUUGACUCUACUUGCUGAUCAAGAAUGAUGCUAAUGUCCCACAAUUGCUCCCUCAAUAACAGCAAAAGCUGUGAGAUUGGAACGGACUACCCCUGUUUCGUUUGUAAAAUAUUUGACUCUGCUCUGACUGCUCCUGAUGAAAUCAUGCUGUAAUUUUUUCUUCAGCCAGCUUGCCCAAAGCUCAAGUCUGCAUCUGACUCAAAGCUAUCAUGGGAAUGUUUGCCGCGAAGUACCUCCUUUUUCAACCCGUCAUUUUGGGUUAGCAUGGGACUAAGUGGAAGACAAAAGCCAAUUCUUCAGUGUCUCUGGGAGCACUAGUUAGUUGACACUCAGUAAAUUAAAGUACUUAAUCGAUAGGGGGAACUGAAUUGGGCUCCCAAUAGAAAGGUUGGAUUUCAACGGUUUGGUGGUUCAGUCAAACUGGCAGGAGAUAUGAAAACCAAAAAGGCUCAAUUGACAUUUCCUUUGAUUGUAACAAUUUUAAUUAACAAAAACAUUUUGCCAAUUCAAAAAAUAAAAAAUAUUAAUUAAU